AUGGCAGCCACACCGUGGGAAGAGCAGGGCGAUUCGAAUGAGGACGACACUGAAUCCCGUGUCUCCGAGCAGUUGAGCACCAAGCUCCACCCAAGUCUUCUCCGAGGUGUCCCGUUGCAUGCCACCCUGGCUGGCUGGGGUCAGCACUGGGCCAACCCCGACAACGGGAUGUUCACCAUCGAGAAGCAGCCCAGCUAUGAGCUGAGCCGUCCAGUAGAGAGCCUGGAUGCCUUCCUCAGCCAUGACUGGGCCUCGAGCAGAAUCCUGAAGCUGCUGUCCCUGCUCAUCGUCUACAACUCCCGUGCAGCAUUUCUCAGCACAUUGGUGGUCAGCAUCCUGCUAGGUCUGCUGCGUGGGUACUGGCAGAACCUAGCAACUGCAGGCUGGACGGUGGCCUUUGGUCAUGGCACCUUUGUCUUUGUCUUCCUCUUUUGGCAGUGGCUGCAGAGGCCCUUCCAGCGGCCACGCAUGGUCUUUCUGGAUAAGCUGUGCGUGGCACAGCAUGAUGCUGAGAAGAAGAAACAGGGGAUCAUGGCAAUGGCUGCCUUCCUGUUGAGCUCCAAGAAGCUCGUGGUCCUCCUGACGCCGAGGUACUGUCAGCGCUUGUGGUGUGCGUUCGAGCUAGCCACUUUUAUGAAGGAACCGAAAAGGCUGCGUGCUGGGAUAUGGCUGGCAUUCUUGAUGCUGUGCUUGGCCAGCACAGUGCUGCCGCUGGUCUUCUACCUAGGUAUUGGAAUGGUGGCUGACAUGGAUGACGUUCUUCGACAGCUCGCAGAUUUCAAGAUGCAGGAUGCUGAGUGCUUCUGCUGUUCUCAUGGCCAUCGGCAUCCCACCACAAGCGCGCAGCUGCCAUGCGACAAGCGGCUGGUGCACAAGAUGCUGAAAGAAUGGUAUGGUGAACAAGGUGAACACGGCGACGGCGCGAUUGAUUGCAGCGAUUGCAUGUACUUGGAGAGAUUCAAUCACGUGAUCCGAGAAGACUUGGCCCCGCAAGUGGCAUCUCUUGUGGGUGGCUUUGCACUUCCCUCAAACUAUACAUUGUACAUGGUCGCUGUGAGCGCCAUACCUUACCUAGCAGACCAUAUUGCGGUUUUCGUCGUCUCUCUGCGCGCCGGCACUCCCAGCGGCUAUGCCUUGUUUACCUGGACCUUGCGAGAGGCAUCGCGUUGGGGGGUAGUGGCUGUGGCUAGCAUGUUGUCUGUAAGACUCUCCUUGCCGCUUUGGAAAGUCUGUCUCCGAUUCUGCCAGAACGGCUCGAAGUGGCGCCUUGAGGAUCUGCGCGAGGAGCUGGCGAAGUUGCGGGACGUGGACCAGAAGGAGAUUUCCAGUACUGGGCUACAGGACUAUGAGAGAGGAGCUGCUUUUACAAGCGACCUCAUGUUGAAAGGCGCGAGCGAGAACCUUUCCGAAGAGAUUGCAGUGCAAAAGGCAGCGAUCCAGGAGUGGAAGGAACGCGUUGCAGUCCUGGAGCAGCAGAACGCAGGGCUCCAGGUGGCCGUCGCCAGCGCAGAGCACCUCCUCCACCGGGGCCGCGAGCGCCUCGACGCGGCAAAAGAGCCGCCCGGGCCUUGGAUCUCCGCAGGGUCAGGGGGUUUUCGGGCUGAGGACUCUGGCCUCUAG